AUGAUUGAUACUUGGUUGUUCUGCAUUGAGGGCAGAUCUCUCUUGAAUCUGAGUGCCUAUGAAGAACUUCCCGUGCUUGUGCCUAUGAGGAACUUCCCAUGCUUGGUUAAGCUUCAUCCUAUCCGUCAUUCUCGCCAUUUACCUCACCACUUCAACUUCAUCUACAAAAUGUUCAACUCAAUCCGGCUCGUUAAAACAAAAAGCUGCAAAUUCGGCCACAACAUCGUCAGGCAGGCGGACAAGGUCAUCUCAGUACGAGAUUCGGUCGAGAGUGGAGCUUUACGGCGACAUGCAAGGAUAUCAUCUGAUGAGGCAUGGGCUAUCGUUGAUGUGGCAUGA